AUGACAAGCAGCAAAAGCACACGGCGAGGCAGCGGCAGUGGUAGCGCAGCGAAGGGGGUGACGCCGGCAGCUCCCCAGCCGACAAAAGUCUUCCACAAGAGCGGCAGCAGCAACGCUAAUGCAAGCAUCGGCAUUUCCAGCAGCAGUGCUGCGUCUGCUGCUCCGGUUCAUCGUGGCAUAAAGAAGCAUCAGAAGGAUGCAGGGGCACCGAAGAGGCCCUUGUCUGCCUACAUGCUGUUCGCCAGGGAGAAGCGAGGGGAAGUCUUGCAACAGCAGCCAGAGCUGAAAUCUAGCGUAAAGGACGUAGCCAAGAUUCUGGGAGACAUGUGGCGCACUGCAAGUGCCCUAGAAAAGCAGCAUUUUGUAGCCGCGGCGGCGAAGGAAAAGACCAAGUAUGGACAUGCGCUUGCGGCCUACAAGCAAACCAAAUAG